AGAAAAGAGAAAGAAGUGGGGUAGAAGCCUAGAGAGAGAGAGAGAGGAGAGAGAGACACUUUCCUCUUCAUCUUAAUUUUCUUAACAAUCUCUUCUACAACUUCCUUGCCUGUCUGCCACCCAUUAUCACAUACCCUCUAAACCACACCCCCUCUUCAUCUCUUUCCUUCAUUUUCUUCUCAUUCUAUUUCUCACCCUCCCUUAUCAUAUCUCUCUCCUUAUUAUCCAUCUCUCUGUGUUUUUCUUACCCACUUUGCAGCAGGAUUUUAGGGCUCUAUGUAAUUUUUCUCAGCAUUAUCUUUUCUUCAAGAGAGAGAGGUUUUUUGAUUACCCAUUUGGUGAAAGUUGGUAUUUUUUUGGUUUCUUGUGGUUUGAUUGAUUGUUUUUGGUCAGAUUUGAGUCAACUUGUGGGUUGAUUUUGAGUUGAUUUUGUAGUCAAUAUUGAAACUCAGAGAGAGAGAGAGAGUUCUAAAGAAAUUUAUAAGGGGAUAGAGAGAGAUGUGGAGCUUAACGAGAUUUUGUGAGAAAGUGUAUAUGAUGGUGGAAGGAGGAUCUGAUUAUUGUUCAAAGAAGUCUGAUGAUAUAUGUGGGAAUGCUUCUGGUGAGGAUUCGGGCCGUAUGUUGAGCAUGACAAGAUUACGUUGUAUUAUACGGGGACUAGAUUUAAAAAUGUUUCUCUUCCUAUUAAUAUUGAUACCAACAUGUGUCUUUGGUUUAUAUUUGCAUGGUCAAAAAAUAUCGUACUUCUUGCGGCCAUUAUGGGAAUCUCCCCCUAAACCUUUUCGAGAGAUCCCUCAUUAUUAUCAUGAGAAUGUGACAAUGAAGAAUCUGUGCAAACUGCAUGGUUGGGGCAUCCGUGAGUUCCCAAGACGAGUUUACGAUGCAGUGUUAUUUAGUAAUGAAGUGGAUCUGCUUACUGUGAGGUGGAAAGAAUUGCAUCCUUACAUAACAGAGUUUGUGCUUCUCGAGUCAAAUUCUACUUUUACUGGUUUGGCAAAGCCACUGGAUUUCGCCAGCCAUAGAGAACAGUUUCAGUUUGUUGAAUCGCGGUUAACUUAUGGCCAAAUUCCUGGAAGACAUUUAAAAGGAGAAAACCCAUUCGUUGAGGAAGCAUAUCAGCGCCUAGCUCUUGAUUACCUUCUUAGGAAAGCAGGUAUUCAAGAUGAUGACUUGUUAAUAAUGUCAGAUGUUGAUGAGAUACCAAGUAGGCACACCAUCAAUUUAUUGAGGUGGUGUGAUGACAUACCCCCAAUCCUUCAUCUUCGGUUAAAGAACUAUCUGUAUUCUUUCGAGUUUCUACUGGAUAACAACAGCUGGCGAGCUUCAAUUCAUAGAUAUCAGACAGGGAAGACAAGAUAUGCACAUUAUCGCCAGUCUGAUGACAUAUUGUCAGAUGCUGGCUGGCAUUGCAGCUUUUGCUUCCGCCGUAUCAGCGAGUUCAUAUUUAAGAUGAAAGCAUACAGUCACAAUGAUAGAGUGAGAUUUUCUAAAUUUUUGAACCCUAAAAGAGUUCAGGCAGUAAUUUGCAGAGGGGCUGACCUCUUUGAUAUGUUACCUGAGGAGUACACAUUCAAGGCAAUCAUCGGAAAAAUGGGUCCCAUACCUCAUUCCUACUCCGCGGUUCACCUUCCAGCAUAUCUUUUGGAGAAUGCUGACAAGUAUAAGUUUCUUCUGCCCGGGAAUUGCAUACGAGAAGAUGGUGGCUGAUCAACAACCUCUUAUGGUAGUUUCGUUGCCCAGUUUUUGUGUAAAGUUGGAGAUUCAGCUAACAGGAGUGCGCGAUGUUUUUGUCCAAUCAACAGAUGACUGCAAUGUGUUAGUUCACACUACAUUUCUUUCGUAUAUUCAUAUAUAUCAUUCUUUCGGAGGCAUUGUGGAAGGUUAGUUGAGUCCAUAAAUUUCUGGAGUGAUAUUGUAUAUAACAUCAGUAUGCGAGUUGGUUAUCAUAUUUAAAUUUAGCACACACAUUUACCGAGUGCUGGAGCUUGUGAUUAUUGAAAAGUUUAUUGCUUAAGAUAUAA